AUGGCUAGCUCGCUUCGAUCCUCGACGCCUUCCAGGCUGGCGCUUCGUGCCCUCACACGACAGGAUGCCGUCCAGGCUCGUACCAUCUCGACCAACAUCAAGGCGGUAGCCUCUUCAUCCACAUCCGCAUCUGGCUCGUCUUCGCCGCGAGUCCAGUAUCGAGGCUAUGCUUCACCCUCAUCUCCCGCCGCCAUGGCUACACCCAUCGAGGUAGCCCAACCUGGCAUCCGCGCCGGCGUGGGAAGCAAGCAGGGCUCAGGCAAGGACCUGCUCAACGAUAUCAUCUCGUCUGCUCCCAAGCACGCCACCGCCAACCGUCCCAUCUACCUCGAUGCACAGUCUACCACUCCCGUCGACCCCCGUGUUGUCGACAAGAUGAUGCCUUACAUGACCAACCAAUACGGAAACCCACAUUCCAGAACACACGCCUACGGUUGGGAGUCCGAGAAGGGUGUCGAGGAGGGCCGUGAACACAUUGCCAGCCUCAUCGGCGCAGACCCCAAGGAAAUCAUCUUCACCUCCGGCGCCACCGAGUCCAACAACAUGGCCAUCAAGGGAGUCGCUCACUUUUACAAGUCCAAGAAAAACCACAUCAUCACCACACAGACGGAGCACAAGUGUGUGCUCGACUCGUGCCGUCGACUGCAGGAGGAAGGCUUCGAGGUCACCUACCUGCCCGUCCAGUCCAACGGUCUCAUCGAUCUCAAGCAGCUUGAGGACGCACUUCGACCCACCACCGCGCUCGUCUCCAUCAUGACGGUCAACAACGAGAUCGGCGUCAUCCAGCCCAUCAAGGAGAUCGGUCACCUUCUCAAGACCAAGGGCGCCGAGCUCUCCAAGCAAGGCGGUCGUGGUGCUUCCAAGCCCUUCUUCCACACCGACGCUGCACAGGCUGCCGGUAAGAUUCCGCUCGACGUGAACGAGCUCGGCAUCGACCUCAUGAGCUUGUCUAGCCACAAGCUGUACGGUCCCAUGGGUAUCGGUGCAUGCUACAUCCGGCGUCGUCCGCGCGUGCGUCUCGAGCCAAUCAUCAACGGUGGUGGCCAGGAACGUGGUCUUCGUUCGGGCACGCUCGCCCCACAGCUCAUUGCCGGAUUCGGCGAGGCCGCUCGCCUCGCCAAGCAAGAGAUCGCCUACGACCAUGCACACAUCGCCAAGCUCUCGGAGCGUCUGCGCAACACGCUCGAGGCCAACAUCACCCACGUGCUUUUCAACGGCGACCAGAACGGAUACCCGGGCUGCUUGAACCUCACCUUCCAGUACGUCGAAGGUGAAUCGCUGCUCAUGGCGCUCAAGGACAUCUGCCUCUCGUCCGGUUCCGCGUGCACUUCGGCGUCGCUCGAGCCCUCGUACGUGCUGCGUGCGCUUGGUCUGGACGACGAGAAUGCGCACUCGUCGCUGCGAUUCGGCAUCGGCCGAUUUACAACCGAAGAGGAGGUCGACUAUGUUGCUGACAAGAUCAUCAAGGUCGUCAACAAGCUGCGCGACAUGAGCCCGCUCUGGGAGAUGGUGCAAGAGGGCAUCGAUAUCUCCUCCAUCCAGUGGUCCGGUUGA